AGAAAGUUUAUCAAUGUAACACGGCAUAAUGCUUAUUACAUGUAGGUACCCAGAACUCUUAGAAUGAAUCGUCCCCAAAGUCUCCUAUGAUCGCGAAGCCAACCAAUCAUAGUAACAAUUCCUCGCCGAAGACUGAAUCGUGCCGGACAAUCAACCAUGGCUCCAGUCGUAGCCCACCUUGUUUCCGAAAGCAAACCAUACCUCGUCCCAGGCAAGCUGCUUGUAAAAGAGCUCUGGUUUGAAGUCCCCUUAGAUCAUUCUGAUCCAAAUUCGAAGACUAUCAAGCUCUUUGCAAGAAGUGUUGUCAAAUAUGAACGACCUAUUGUCGAAUCAUCAGAGGUCGUGCAGAGACCUUACCUACUAUUCCUCCAGGGCGGUCCUGGUUUGGGAACUCCAGCACCUCAAGAUUCCCCUUUGUCAAAGUAUAUGCUCGAUAGAGGCUACGAGCUGCUCUUUCUGGAUCAGCGAGGCACAGGCUUCAGCACACCCAUCUCAGAUAACACUCUAGAGCUCAUCGGCAGCCCCCAGGAGCAAGCUGACUAUCUUAAGCUCUUCAGGGCCGACACUCUUGUCAAGGACAGUGAAGCUGUUCGCCUCUGCCUAACGAGGGACUAUCCACCUGAGAAGAAGAAGUGGUCUACCUUCGGCCAGUCGUUUGGCGGUUUUACGACCCUAACCUAUCUCUCCUUCGCACCAGAAGGCCUUAGAGAAUGCUUCAUCACCGGCGGACUUGCCGCCUUAGAUAAAGGCCCCGAGGAGGUUUAUCAAGCCACCUUUCAAAGGUGUAUAGAUCGUAAUCACGACUACUAUAGGAAAUUCCCAGAUGAUGUCGCCACGGUCAAAUGGAUCGCUGAGAAGAUCCGCGAAUUCGGUGGUGAAAAAGGAAUUCCCCUGCCCAGCGGUGGCUUCCUAACAGUGUCACGAUUAAUGACUGUGGGCCUUAAUUUCGGUGCUCACGGCGGCGUCGACCGAGUUCACAAUUAUAUUAUUAGGAUGAAGGCAGAUCUCGAUCAGUACGGCACAUUUACUCGCUUCACUCUGAACGAACUAGAACAAGACAACCAAUGGGACACAGCUCCAGUCUACUCACUACUUCACGAGCCAUGUUGGUGCUUCGGCCCAGGCGUAGCCGGAAGAUGGGCAGCCGAGCGAGUGGGCGCGAGCCUAGAAGAAUUCCAAUGGCUCCGACAGGACUGGGCCGGACCAGCGAGCCUAGGUGAAAAGCCGCUGUAUUUCUCCGGCGAGAUGAUCUACCCCUUCUUCUUCGACACAUGCGCCGGACUCUUCAAGCUCAAGGAGACAGCACAGAUCCUAGCCGAAUUCGACGGCUGGGCACCGCUCUAUGAUAUUGAGCAAUUGGGUAAAAACGAGGUCCCCGUGUACGCGGCCAUCUAUAAUGAUAUGUACGUCGAUCCGGACAUGUCGCGAGUCACGGCGUCUAAGAUUAAGGGGAUCAAGGUCUUCGAGACAAGCGUCUUGUACCAUAAUGCUCUCCGUUCGCGUCCGGAUGAGGUGAUUCCUCAGUUGCUUCGGUUGCGUGAUGAUACCAUUGACUAAAGAGCUUUUGUAAACUAUGGCCCUAAAAGGGUUCAUCAAGAUCAAGGCCAUAGCACUUCGAUAAUAAAUAUAACCGCAAUAUCGUAAUGACCUCAGACAUUAUCUCCCUGGUAGCCUUACUAGGUGUUCAGCUCAGGUAGGUAUGGGCAACUAUGUAUACAAGUCCUACCAAGUCCUAAUCCUUGGUUGAUCCUUCCUACGUGAAUGAGAGUGACCGAGAAAUUAUAUCAGCUAGAAUGUAUA